CAGACAACAAUUAUGCUAGUACUUUACAGCCCACAAAAUUAUUAAUAUUAAUAUUUCCAUCUCUCUUUCUCUCUCUCACAAACACUUUCUCUCUCCAACAAUGUUUUUAGCUGUGUUGUAUAGUAGUAUCUUGUUUGUUGAAUUGAAUUGAAUUCAUGAAUGAAAAGAAUAAAAAAGGGUCAAUUGUUUUUAAGGGUUUGUUUUUUCAUGUUCAUAUAUAGAUAAAUAUUAAUGGUGAUGAUUUCAUAAUUGAGUUGUUUGGUAGUAAUAAACCUGCUGAUAGUGUCUUGUGUCUGUCGGCGCAAGGUCACUUUCUGUCGGCAUUGUCUCUUUCCACUAUCCAACCAUCAAACACAACAAUUUCUCAUUUCAACUACAAUUGCUUCUGGUUUUCAUUCUCUUGUUGAAUGUUUAGUGAAUUUCUUGGUUCAUAUGUGGGAAGAAAGAGAGAGAUUUUGGGUUAAUCUUCUUAUUUGUGAUCACCAUUGGAAGAAGGUUUCUGCAAAGUUUCGUUGGUAAAUGCAUCACAGGCUUUUUCAGAUCCUGCUUCAUUGUUUUUAUUUCACUAAAAAAGCUUUAGAGUAUAGUUUUUGCGAAAUUCGUGGCAGCUCGAUGUUAAUUCAAACAUGCACUAAGUCUUGUCUUUUGCAAAUUCAUGGUUUAAAUUGCGAUUGCGGUUACUGCAAUGUGCAUUGCGGCCGUUACAGCGCGAGUGUUUAUUGAAAAGAGUUUGGGUUCUAAAUUUUGAGUUUUGACUAAAUACUUGAAGAAACUUAGGCGAAGUUGUCUGAUGCGGUUCGUAAUGUGAAAGAAUGCGUGAUUUCAAAUCACACUGUAGUUGCAGUUGAAGAGACUACUGCAUCAGGAAUAUUGAGGCCGUAAUUGCGGUUGCAGAGACUGCAGUUUAAAACCAUUGGUUUAGGUUUCAUGUAUAAGAAUAGUUGGUGUAAAUUUGUAGAAGAAAAGUGAAGUGAUUUUCCAUACCAGAUGUCAAGUUCUCUUGCAGCAAUAAUAGGAGGAGCUGCAGGAGCCGCGGCAUUGGUAGGGAUAUCGAUAAUACUUUUAUGGUUUUGUUUGUUUCGCCAAACAAGCGUUUCUAGAACUUCAGAGACAGGUUCCUCUGAUCCAUCACAGGUGGGAAGACAUGGUGGAAUUGAGUUGCAAAUGCGAGAUACUAGGCGUUUUGCGAUGGAAGAACUCUCUCACGCGACAAAGACUUUCACUGACAAAAACUUGAUCGGAGUAGGGAAAUUCGGUGAGGUUUACAAAGGCUUACUUCAAGAUGGGAUGCUUGUAGCCAUCAAGAAGCGUGACGGUGUCAAUAGUCAGGAAUUCGUUGAUGAGGUACGCUAUCUUUCAUCUAUUCAACAUCGGAAUCUAGUUACUCUUAUCGGAUAUUGCCAAGAAAACAAUCUACAGUUUCUUAUAUACGAAUACGUGCCUAAUGGAAGCGUCUCCGGUCACUUGUAUGGUGCUAGUCAACAACCACGAGAGAGGCUAGAAUUCAAGCAUAGACUCUCAAUAGCUCAAGGUGCAGCUAAAGGUUUGGCUCAUCUUCAUUCUUUGAGUCCGCGUUUGGUGCAUAAGAAUUUCAAAACAUCUAAUGUUCUUGUCGAUGAAAACUUCAUUUCUAAGGUCGCGGAUGCAGGACUUCGUAACUUUCUAGGGAGAGUUGAAAUUGUAGGCUCGUCUUCACAAGUGGCGUCAGAUGAGAUAUUUCUUGCACCAGAGGUGAGAGAGUUCCGACAAUUUUCUGAGAAGAGCGAUGUGUAUAGCUUUGGAGUAUUUUUGUUGGAAUUGUUGAGUGGGAAGGAAGCAACAGAAUCACCCUCUAUAAACACAAGUCAAAAUCUGGUCGAAUCGGUGCUAAGUAAUCCAGACAGUAGCACCAUGUCUGCAAUCAUAGAUCAAAGAAUGGAAAGUAGAUUCACAGCUGAAGGCAUGGAAAACUACAUUCUACUCUUAAUAAGAUGUUUGGAUCCUUCAAGCGAAAGAAGACCUUCGAUGAGCUACGUCGAAACGGAACUCGACCGAAUCCUCGAAAAAGAGAUGAACUUAACAACAAUGAUGGGUGAAGGAACACCAACUGUAACACUUGGAAGUCAAUUAUUCAAAUCAACUAAAUAAAUAAAUAAAAAGGUAUUAUUGUGAUAAAUUAUUAUAUUUGUGAAUUACAUAUAGGGCUAGCUAGCUGCUUCACAAGUGUAUAAAAAGCAGUUGUAUCUAUCUAUCCCUUGUUUUAUUUUUCCUGUGCCAUUGAGCAGUUGUAUUCUUUUAUUUUCCCAUCAUGAUUUUUUUUUUGGUUCAUAAAUGUAAUCUCUUGUAAGAAAUUAUUUGUUAAUAUGACAGUGAAGAUUGGAUGUUGUGGUAAAGAA